GUAGCCCACUAGCCCAUAAGCCAUAAUUUAUCGCCUACGCUUUUGUCAGCAGUCAUCUAGCGCAUUUUGCGUUCGAGUUGUUUCGAGUGCUUUCUUUACCUGUUUGCAGAUAUGUGAAAAAUAACGUUUACAGUGGGCUAAAUAAAAGUUGCCCGAUCUUCUACUGAGAUACCGUUUUGAGGGAGGGACUUAUAGGCUACUGCUGCUAUUGCCUCUGACAGUUUGGUGUUUAUUUUCCCCAGACGAGCUUCUGUAAGGUGCCCCACCGUCGAGCAUCAUGUUGACCCUCCUGUUAAGAAGUUGGAGCGUGCUUGGCUGCCUUCUAGUCCUGAGCCUGCCCCCUAUCUCCAGGCAAGAGGAGCGUGGCAAGCUCCUGCUGGUCUCGUUCGACGGCUUCCGCUGGGACUACAUCCACCGCGUGCCCACGCCCAACUUUGACGCCGUGAUGCGGGAGGGCGUCCGGGUGGACAGGGUGGUGAACUCCUACAUCACCAAGACGCUGCCCAACCACUACACGCUGGUGACGGGCCUUCACGCCGAGAGCCACGGCAUCGUCGCCAACGAGAUGUUCGACCCGCACCUCAACCGCUCCUUCUCCAUGGACGGCCAGAGCGCCUACGAGUCGCGCUGGUGGGAGGAGGCUGUGCCGCUGUGGGUGACCAAUCAGCGGGCCGGCGGGCGAAGCGGGGCGGCCAUGUGGCCCGGCUCGGACGUGGAGAUCCGCGGGGCCUACCCGACGCACUACUUGCCGUACAACGCCUCCGUGCCCUUCCAGAGUCGCGUGGGCCAGCUGCUCAGCUGGUUCACGGCCCCCGACCCCAUCGACUUCGGCGUGCUCUACUGGGAAGAGCCCGACGAGAGCGGACACAACCUGGGGCCCGAAAGCCCACUGCUGGACGUGGUGAUCGCAGACAUCGACGACAAGCUGGGCUACCUGCGCGAUCAGCUGAAGUGGGCCGGGCUGUACGACAACGUCAACCUGAUCGUGACUAGCGACCACGGCAUGACCCAGCUGUCGUCGGUGAAGAUCAUUGAGUUGGACAGCUACAUCGGUCGCGACAAGUAUACAUGGGUCGACAAGAGCCCGGUGGUUGGCAUUAUACCCAAGGAAGGUUGUUUUGAUGAGGUCUACACCUCACUCCUGAAUGCCAAUCCAAACUUGGAUGUUUACAAGAGGGAAGACAUUCCCGACCACUACCAUUACAGACACAAUGACCGGAUAAUGCCUAUUCUCCUGGAGGCCCGGGAAGGAUGGACAAUUGUGCAGAACAAGACUAAAAAAAUGAUGUUGGGGAACCAUGGUUACAACAACACACUGCCGAGCAUGCACCCUGUGUUCGUUGCACGUGGACCUGCUUUCCGAGGCAACUACGUGAUGGAUACCAUGCACUCUGUCGACCUUUACCCCCUGAUGUGCCACAUCCUGGGCGUGCCCCCGAUGCCCAACAAUGGCUCCCUGGCCAACGUCCUGGAUCUCCUCAAAGAGGUGCCUCCAGUGGCUCCUGCUCUCGUUCCUGAUCCGACUCAAGCUCCCACUUCUGUUCACACUCCCACUGCUGCCCACACUCCUGCUCCCGCUCAAACGCCCAGGCCCCUGGCUCCGUCUAAGCCCAGGGAGCCGUCAUACGCCUGGGUUGUGGGCCUCCUUCUGGGCACUACCCUGGUGGUGAUCUUCCUCUUCAUCUUCUUGAAGCAGGUGACGCUGAAACAGGUGCCUACGCUCCCGCUCGGCAAUCGGGAGAUUUCGCAACCCUUGCUCUACGAAGAACUGCGGCUCUAAGACACGUCUGUAGCAACUUUGUACUUAUUACACUUAUUUAUAAUAACAUGUUUUUUUCGAGCAAGGGAACAGCACGUAGAGAUCCCCAGAGCAAGCUGUCGUCUCCUUUAUGUGUAACACUUUAGGCAUUAGAGGUGCUAUAAGUCAUUUUUUUGUUGUGAAAAAAAAAAAUGAAAUGCUUCUAGACCUACAAUACGGAGUUAUUACAGAAUCAUCAUUAUGGCAUCUGUUUUGCAUCCUGAUUCUUUGAGGGUUUUUUUAUUAUUAUUUUUAUUUUAUUUUUUUUAUUUGGAGGCUUCUGAAAUGCGAGCGCGAAUGCGAAGUCCAUUGAACAAGACUGAAACAGGUGUAAGAAAAUUGAAAUGCACUCUAAUAUUAUCAAAAACUCUUAAUCCUGCUUUCAGUAUUACACUAUCAUUGUAAGUCUAGAGACAUUUUUACCUUUUUUUUCGCCAACAGAUAGUUAGUGCACCUUUAAGCAUUGAACAACGUCCUCAGGUGUUCAGAGAUCCUGCUGUGACUCUAAUCCUGUAAUACAAGUUUUCACUGAUGGUUUGUCCUUGUCAUGGUCACUAAAUCACAUGAGCAACCAAAGAGGUGGUAAACAUUAAAGUAGCAGUCACCUAAUUCUUCCCACUCGAGCUGUGCUAUGAAUGACUAUAAAGGCUAGCCAUCUGGCUGCGGACUAACCGCUUCAUGAUUUAUUCCCAUCAAAGUAUUCUUUAGCUAGAUUUAGUGAAUUUAGUUGCUAAACGCUGUUGGGUUCGAACUGGAUUUGGCAGCUAAGUGUUCUCCCACUGUUGAAUGGGAGUUACUGCUCUCAGGCACUGCAUUGAUAGUCAGACCAACCCUGGACACAGGUAAUAGACCCCUCUUAACUGUACGUACACACCGUCGCCGACUUGAGCUUCCAAAGGUACAGGAGGUCAUUCAUUGUCAAUGGAAGCCGGCUUCUCUCAGCUGCAAGAAGCGGCAAAUCCGUCGGCGCCCCAUGCGUCCUUGGCAGGGCGUCCAGAGCUUCUUGGAAGCUCAAGUCGGCGGCGGUGUGUACGUACAGUAAGGGUUAUGGUGGGAUUUUUUUAAAAUAUAUAUAUAUAUUUUUAAAAGUCACCAUUUCUUUGGAACUAAUUUUGUGUUCCAAUACCACAAUGCCUUUGUAUUUCCUCGCAAUAGUUUUGCAUUGUCUCUUAAGAACCAAUGUAAAACUAUUUGUGUCAAAUAUUUUGCUAGGGAAUGCAAACCUAAUGCCAGGGGAAACACAUCUUAUUGCAAGGGAAUGCUGAACAUAUUGCGAGGGAACAUUAGCAUAGUCCCCUACCCCCACCCCCAAAAUGUUCACCUGAAAAAAAAAAAAUCUCACCAUGUCCCUUGGGGCGGACUCCAUAAUAGGUCACAAAGCAGAAUGAGACUAAUAACACACAAGUGUCUAAUGCAGCUGACAAUGAAUUUUAAGAGAAGGUUUUCUUUGUUCAGUACUAGAUUAAGUCUAGCUGCCAGUGUUGUUUUUUUUUUAUUAUAUGUAUUGCUUUGUUUGCAUUUUUAAUAGGUCUGCAAGAAUUAAUAGAAGAUUAUGUGUGGUGUACUUCUUUUUCUCCCAUCUUAAUUCAUAAUUGUAUUAAGGUUAAGUGCAAUUACUUUUAAAAGUUUUCUAUGUUGUGUUUGAAAUGCAAGUAGAGAUGAGUCUGUAUGUUUUCAUUUUGGUUGAACUACUAAGGUUGGUAGUUGAAAAAGCUUCUUGUAUGUUGCGCUCUUUAUUAAGAGCAAGCUAAAAUUAAGGAAAAAAAUAUAGCCUAUUUAAAAGAGUAAUAUACUAGAGGAUAGGUGGCUUUAUUGAUAAACAUGUUUUGCACAAUUUAUUUAGUGCUUUUAAAAGGGAAUUUCCUAAUGCCAAACUUUGAGAGGAGGGUGGGGGUAUAGAUGUCUGAUAAACAGCUAAAAAUAUUGCACCACAAAAGUAGAAGUUUUUCUCCAAUUCAAUGUCAGAUCAUUAAGGUUACUUUUGAGCAUGGCAUCUUGUGCAAAUAUGGUCAUUCAUGGGACGUUAACAACACUGUGAUCUACCUUCUCCAGGUAAAGAACUUUUAAGAAGUAUUGUAUUUCAUGUGUUCUUCGAUGUAGGCAUUGCCUUCCAGGUCUAUGCGGGCCUUACGAGAAAAGAAACUGUUUAUGUUCUGUGGCUUAACUAUUGUUUAGUGAAGAAAAUUAACUGGAUUACCAGAGUAAUGGUGACAUUUCCUCAAUCGUUUCAGUGGCUACUACGAUGUGCUUUUGUUUUUACUUACGAUUUUAACAAAUCUUAAGUGUUACAUGUUCAAAUUGUUGGUUUUGAUUAAAAGGAGUAGUGACAACA